CGACUAUGUCUUAUCGAUCAGCCUACUCGAGCAGCUACAGAAGUGGUGGUAGUAGCGGUAAUAGCAACAGCAGGGGAAGCUAUGGCGAUCGGUAUGGUGACCGGUCGAACUAUGGUGACCGCAGAAAUGACGCUGGAGCAGGAGCCGGACUGCGAGGGCCAAAAUGGAGUACACGCAGUCUCUCCUCAUUCCAAAAGGACUUCUAUCAAGAGUCGCCCCUAACUGCGAGUAGACAUCAGGAAGAGGUUGACGGCUUUCUUCAGGCGCAUCAGCUGCAAAUGGAAGGCUCAUUCAUACCUCGGCCAAUUCAAAGUUUUGACGAGCUAGUUGUCCCUGAUUACUUGAAAAUGCCCAUACGCAAGAAUGGUUUUACCAAGCCGACUCCCAUUCAAGCACAGUCUUGGCCUGUAGCGUUGAAAGGGAAGGAUUUGGUGGGAGUCGCCCAAACAGGGUCGGGUAAAACGUACGCGUUUGUAGUUCCUGCGAUUUUGCACAUCAAGAAUCAGCCACCACUUCAGAGAGGCGAUGGGCCGAUCGCGUUGAUUUUGUGUCCGACUAGGGAGUUGUCGCAGCAGGUGGCGCAAGUGGCCCAGGAGUUCACAGAGACUUCUGGAGUUCGAAACACGUGUGUAUACGGAGGAUCACCGAAAGGACCCCAGAUUGGAGCGCUAGAUCGAGGGUGUGAGCUGGUGAUAGCGACCCCUGGCAGAUUGCUGGACUUCAUGGAGUCCAAGCAGAUCCGACUGGACAGGACGACUUACCUGGUGCUGGAUGAAGCGGAUCGUAUGUUAGACAUGGGAUUCGAGCCACAGAUCAAGAAGAUCAUCGAGUUCAUCCGGCCAGACAGACAGACGCUGAUGUUUUCGGCAACGUGGCCGAAAGAGGUGCACAACCUGGCCGGUUCCUUCAUGACGGACUACUCGAAGAUCAACGUGGGGGACUUGGGAUUGCACGCGAACCACAACAUUGUGCAGGUGGUAGAUGUGUGCGAGGAGUACCAGAAGGAGGGCAAACUGAUCCGACUGCUGGAGGAGAUCAUGAGGAGCCAGCAGAAUAAGACAAUCAUCUUCACCGAGACUAAAAGGAAGGCGGACGAGCUCACAGGCGCCAUGAGGAGAGACGGGUGGCCCUCGCUCUGCAUCCACGGUGACAAAAAACAAGCCGAGCGCGAAUGGGUCUUAGAAGACUUCAAAGCAGGACGCACUCCGAUUCUGGUCGCAACUGAUGUUGCUGCACGUGGAUUAGACAUCAGUGACGUGAGGUACGUUAUCAAUUUCGACUAUCCUGGCUCGAGUGAGGAUUACGUGCACCGGAUAGGGAGGACGGCGAGGAGUGACAACAGUGGUACAGCCUACACAUUCUUCACCCAGAAGAACUUCCACAAGGCAGCCGACCUCAUCAAGGUACUGGAGGAGGCGAACCAGACUGUGCCGCCGCCACUCAGAGCAGUCCAGCAUUACUCCAAGCCAGGCAGAGAUCGAAGAAGCGGUGGCAGAGACGGAGGAGGUCGAGGGGGAGGAGGAGAUAGGGAUAGAGACAGCAGAGGGGACAGACCAUCUGCUAUGAGCCGUCACUCGAGCAGCUCCCACAGCAGACCCAGUGGGCCACCUCCUUCACAUGGACACCACUACCCUAACCAUUCAUCUGCGUCAGGGGGAGGAGGGCGUGGCGGAGGGGGAGGGUACGGGGGAUACAGGGGACCAGCAAACCGAACCUCGGCACCCGUUCCACCGCCGGGACCACCUCCUUCCCAUCGACCGCAACCCCCAAUCUACCACCACAAUCCUCCACCCCCAGCUCCUCAGAAUGUUGGAGGCUACUACGGUGGAGGACCCCCGCCCCAGUCCUCCCAUCAAAGUUUUCCCCCCGCACACCCUCCAGCUACCCAUUCCUAUUACCCUGCGCCACCACCCGCCCAAAAAUACGCGCCGACGGCCUCAUAUGGCUCUUAUUGAUAAGACGGGACGAUAAUACAACCACGAUAAAUUAUUUGUCCGUAAUUAUUUGAAGUGUUUGCAAUGCACUACAAUGAGAACUCAUUUCUUGAAUAAAAUGCACGAUCGUCAAAACAAACAAAUUGCACGAUACGGAUAUCUGAGAAGUUCUUAAAAGUUUAAUGCAAUAUUAUUUAUCGCUGAAGCUGAAGGUAAGUUUACCUUCUAUUACCUUCUAAUUUUUGUCCUCGUUGCAGUUUGUGUAUCAAUUAACUUUUGUUCCAA